GAGAGAGGGGGCGGUCUGCAGCGCCAAGCCCGGGGCUCAGUUAAAUGUGCUGAGGCGGGUCUGACAGAAUAGAAAAAAAUACGAGAAACCCAGAAAUGAAGGAAGAAAAAAGGAGGAAAAAAUCAAAACGGCGUGUGGCAGAAAAGGAACAACCAGUCCAUGAAACUGAACCAAAGAAAAAGAAACAAAACCUGGAGAGAACAAAAAAGGUGGAGGAGGAGGCGGAGGAACUUACAGGAGAGGAAAGGAGGACAUUGGAAAGAAAACUAAAGAAAGAACGUAAGAAGGAAGAAAAAAAACUGAUGCGGGAAGCUGGAAUUGCUGCUAAGAAAGAAGAGCCCAAAAAACCAUCAGGAGCUGAGUUGGCACUGGAGUAUUUAACUAGCUGGUCCAAAAAACCAAAAGAAUGGAAGUUUCAGAAGACCAGGCAGACUUGGCUUCUUUUGCACAUGUAUGAGAAAGAGAAGGUUCCAGAUGAAUAUUUCUCUAUUUUAUUGGACUAUCUGGAGGGGCUUAAAGGCAGCGCGCGAGAUGUAACCAUGCAGAAAGCUGAAGCUCUUAUGAAAGAAUAUGACAAUUCGGAUACAGAAGAUCCAGACCUAUUGGAGAAGUGUGAGCGCAUACGAAAAGUUUUACAGCUAUUAUCAUGAAAGUGUGUAAACCUUGUCAUUAGAUUUCUAGAUUCGCCUGUCUCUAUCAUUGUAUGGAGAACAGGUGAAAUGCAACAAAUAACUUCCAAAAAAAGAUGUGAAUACAUGUUUUUUCAUUAAGAAUUGUAAUUAUGAUAAGAUUUCAUGUUUCCAUUGCUCAUUGUACAGUGUUUUAAAAUCAAUCAUUAAACAGUUUAUAAGG